CUUCAUUCCGGCCCGGUCGCAGGUCCCUCGCGGUGCGGGGCCCGUCCCGUCCCGUCCCGUGCAGCGCAGCAACCGCUCCUGAGGAUGCGGAGUGAACGGAGUGCAUACUCGUGAAUUUGGAAUUCCUUCUGCGUUCAGGUUCACAGAUGGCGGUUACGUACAUUGUGGUCGGACGCUAAUGCAGGAUUGGAGGGAAGGUUUCGUAGUUGUGCGUAAAAAGUGCAGUUAAAGGUGAGCUUUUCGCAUCUUUUUAAAAAGCUUAUAAAAAUGUGCAAAGGGCAGUAGUUUAUAGUUGGACAUUCUGUUACUGUUUACAGUGUAACAGUCAGAUUUCACUAUUGCUACUUAGGUUUUUUUCUGUUGUUUGACACUUAAAAUGCACUUAGUUUCACUUAGCCUUUUAUGCGCGCCGUACAGCUAUAACUAGUGGCACUGCAAACUUCUUACACUGUUUUCUCUUGGAUAAACUUUCCGCACGCCUUCUGAUCACUGAACACGCGAACUGCAAAACUGUCCGCGCGUAGUGUGGAGCAAACAGUUCAUUACUUAGUAUUUAACUUCCAGGAGCCAAAGCUAAGUAGAUGUUGUCCUGAUUUCAGUUCAGGCAAAGGUCAGCCUAUAACGGGCAGGUAAUGUUUGCGCAAUCAUUAGGUUGCUGUUCCUGACGAGUGGCGCGAAUUCGCUAUGGAUUUGGGUAACGACGUAGAUCUGUCUAACAACUACAUUGCUCCGCUGUGGCGCACGCCGGACCAGAAGCUCGCGAGCGGAAACAUGAAGCCCAAGCCCAGACCUCUCAGUUACCAGAUCGACGGGGUUCUGAUGACGGAUUUUCCAGUUGAAGAUAAGUGCGCCUUUGCUCCUGGGCAGCCCGCCGAGAAGACGUGCACGCCUCCAGCGGGAACUACGGUGCUGAAGCAUGUUUUGAACAAACCCCCUCGCAAAGCCCGUGUGGUCAGGAGCAUCAGCAUCGGGCAUUCGUCUAACGGACGCUUCUCUCUGGUCAAGUUCGGCUCAUUGGGUGGGAAGGACACGGUGGACAAUCGGCCACCUAAAACUCCGCCCCUGUCCUCAAAGACCGCGGAAAACGGCUUGAGUGUUUGGCGGGACAUGAAAGUGAGCCAACCCCUAAAGCGCCAGUCUGGCCAGUUGACCCUCACCUCUCAGAGGGACCGGAUCGUCUUCGGAAGCACGUCGCUGACUGAUUUGACGUCUUCUUCGCAAGGUUCCCCCAUGCCACGUUCUCCGUCAGAGGUGCGAGGUUCACCCGCCUGUCCCCACCCACCGUCCUCUCCCGGCUCCGCCUCCAGUCUCUCAACCAGCAGCACGUCGUCCUCCACCCCCAGCACCCCGUUCCAGCUGGCCACCCCGUGCGGCCCCUGCCCAUCCGAGGCUGAGACUCCUCCCCUCCGCCUGUCCGCUUGCUCCUCCCAGGGCCCGGAGGGCGGGCUGGCCGCACCCGCUGUGGUCCUCAGCACCCACAGCCCCACGGCGCAGAGGAUGGGUGCCCGCCAGAUCAUCCCUUACGGCCUGGCCUCUGAGACGCGCCCCUGCAGGGGGCCCGACCGCCGGGGCCUCGUCGGCCGCGCCAUACGCGCCCGCAGCAUGGUGGACGUCCCCUCCUUCGACGAGGACAGCGACACCAGCCCCACUCUGAUUCAGCGAGGCCUGCGAUCCACGUCUUACCGACGCGCCGUGGUCAGCGGCGUCGACCUGGCCGUCUCCGACAACGACCUGAGGGGCCUCCAUCUGCCUCCGCCCACCCUGAAAGGCGUAGCUGUGCCCAAGGAGGCACCAGGCAGCCCGCGGACAGCCAAGAGCAAAAGCGGAGAGCAGAAGAAGAAGGGCCUGCCCAGCCAGAGGACGUUUGACAGCGAGGAGGAUGAGGUUCUGUAUCAGAACUACCAGGAGAAGGCACUGCACGACGACUCUGACGAGGACGUGGAGUCCAGAGACUCCAAGCCGAACGAGGACAUCGUGGUGCAGUACAAACCCAUCCGCACCUCGUGGAGCCAGCUGAGUGUGGUUAAAAAAAGUGGUGCUCCAGAGAGACUGAGUCAAGAGGAGAGAAAGAGACAAGAGGCCAUAUUUGAGGUGAUCUCGUCAGAGCACAGCUACCUGCAUAGCCUCCUGAUCCUCGUCCGUCUCUUCAAAGACUCUCCGGAGCUUAGCGAGACCAUGACCAAGACAGAGAGACACCACCUCUUCUCCAACAUCGUGGACGUGUGCGAGGCCAGCAAAAAAUUCUUCAAAGAGCUGGAGGACAGACACCAGCAAAGUAUUGUCAUCGAUGACAUCAGUGAUAUCGUGGUCAGACAUGCACAGUCGAACUUUGAACCUUAUGUGACCUACUGUUCUAACGAAGUGUACCAACAGAGAACGCUUCAGAGAUUAGUUAGUAAGAACGUGUCCUUUAAGGAGGCACUGACCCGGAUCGAGGCUCACCCAGACUGCCGGAACCUUCCCAUGAGCUCCUUCCUGAUCUUGCCCAUGCAGAGGGUGACCCGCCUUCCUCUGCUGAUGGACACCAUCUGUCAGAAGACGUCCAAGGAGUCAUGCCAGUAUGAGCAGAGCAGAAAAGCUCUCCACGUGGUGAGCAAGCUCGUACGGAAGUGCAACGAGGGGGCUCGCACAAUGGAACGGACAGAGAUGAUGUAUACCAUCAACUCUCAGCUGGAUUUUAAGAUUAAGGCCUUCCCGCUGGUGUCUUCCUCCCGCUGGAUGGUGAAGCGCGGUGAGCUCACGGCCUUCGUGGAAGAGAACGGCAUCUUCUCCAGACGUACAUCACGGCAGCAGGUCUACCUCUUCCUCUUCAAUGACGUACUUAUCGUCACUCGCAAGAAGAGUGAAGAGAGCUACGCGGUGAUCGACUAUGCGCUUAGGGAUCAAAUCUGGGUGGGGCCAUGCCAACCGGAGGAUCUGACCCUCUCCCCAACCCGCACCACCGCUGCAAUGCUGACAUCACGGCAGGGCGGGGCCAGCCACCUGCUCCGCCUUAAAUUCCUCAGCAACCACUCAGGAGACAAAGUUCCUAUGAUCUUGGGGGCAGAGCUACUUAAUGAGCGUGCUCGUUGGAUCAGUGCUCUGGACCAGAAAAGCGCCGAGAAGAGGAAUGCAGACAGAAUAAACUCCAUGCAGGUGGAGGUGAUCCGCACGUACACGGCGCGGCAGCCUGACGAGCUCUCGCUGCAGGUGGCGGACGUCGUGCUCGUCUCCCAGACGGUGGACGGUUGGUAUGAGGGUGAACGACUGCGAGAUGGGGAGAGGGGCUGGUUCCAGUCUGAGUGUGCUCAGCCAAUCACCUGCCAGGUCACCAUUGAGAAGAACAUGCAAAGGAUGGACCGCCUCCAGGGCCUGGAGACCAAUGUGUAAGCUUGGUUUCUAGAUGAUGGACCGCCUCUAGGGCCUGGAGAUCAAUGUGUGAGCCUGGUUUCCCACCGUUCCUCCCCCCACCCCCAGAUCCUACUGGGGGCAGGCCUCAUGGCCCCACUAUUUGUGGGAAAUGGCUAGAGAUGAUCAGUUAUCGUAAGACUGAGAGAAUCAACUUUUAUACAUGGCUUAACAUUUCAAGCUAAUAUCUUCCAAUAACGUCUCAGCUGGUUCCAGAAAACUAUUUUACCUAUAGCCUUUUCCCAGAAACAUCUUGGCUACUUUUUCAGCUUUGAAAAAGCUUUGGAUUGAGUGACAGGUGCCGUCCAAUCGCUGCUCAACGAGACUGCCAGAGCCCAGCCCUUAACAAGGGUCCUUCUUGUGCGCUAGCCGAACUGAACUGCCAGGCCUGAGGACCCAGAACAGCUGCUGCAACCUGAACACAGAAGUACCAGUCUCAUUAACCACCACGCAAGCUCUGCAACAGUCCCUCCUGGAGGACUGAGAAAAGCUCAAUUAAAUGUAUGUUUGUGAAAUACUUUUUAGUUUUAAUGAAUUCCUUGGUGAGCCCCUCCGUGUAAACUGUUUGUACAUAGGCUUGUAACUGAUGAUGCUGUUGAUGGAGUGUAAAAGGAAAAAGAACUUCAUGGCUCAGGGAAGAUUUGAACUUGUUUGAAAUGUACUCAAACCACUAAGAGUCCAGUGGCCCACUUAACCAACGGCCGUCUGCGUGUUAGGCCCUCAGCGAGGAGGAUGAUGAUGUUUAUAAGGACCUCAUACCUGAUGGCUUUUAUCCGUUUCUCUGGUGGUUUUUUUUUUUUUGGUGUUAUAAAACUGGAAAACUCCCGAUGGAGGUGUCUGGAGGCCAGUAGGACAGUUCUCAGCUGUACAGCUGUCACUUUCCACUCGCCCACUGUGAUUGCCACUCAGUGAGGUGCAUGUUGCAAGUGGGAUUCAUAACCCUAAACAAACGUGCUUCAAAUGGAGUGCGAGCGCUGCAGAGGACGACCAUGCCCGGGCUGGAUCCAGACAGUCUUCAGUCCAGCUGUGAACUAGGCCUCAGGGAGCAGAAACACGUGUAUGAAAUAACUGUAAAUCUGUCUUAAUAUGGCAGGCAACUACACGAAUUAACAAUUCAUGUACCUAAUCCACAUAAGUAAGUGUGUGUGUGUGUGUGUGUGUGUGUGUGUGUGUGUGUGUGUGUGUAAAAUUUACAGACCACAAAUCUACUACCGCACAGCAUGCUGUGUAGCAUAGCGUAAUGGGAGCUUUAAUUGAUCAUGGAGGUGGGAUAAACAAAAACAGUGCAAAGGCAAACAAAAAUAAACAAUUCCUAAGACCAAAAAACCCCCAACUUUUAAUUCUUCCACUGUCCUGGAACAGGAGCGGUCGAUCGGUCAUUAGCAGCCUCGACAAGCACAAAACACAUUUCUCUGUACUGGUUACCAUUACUGUGUGAUUCCGCUCACUUAUGGCUUUUGUAUUGUGAAUGUAAAGGUGCAUUAUUGGUGUUGUGAAACUUGAACCUGCAUAUUGAGGCGUACUCUAAGCUGACGUUUACUUCACCAGGGCGGAAGGUGGUUACACGCCGAGACAUAAAUGAGAACUGGUCAGAUCUUUUGGAGAAAAAGAUCGCAAAGCUGCAAAUUUGGAGGAAUGAACAGGACCUGGGUGCUGGUCACUGCAGAAAUAGCGUCUAUGUUGUCCAUACACGCUCACUGGCUGCCUUCUGGUCGAUCUACCUAGAAUUGUAUUCUUAAAAGGAACACACUACCCCAAAAAGACCAGCAUGGAUAACAGUUCAUAAAGCUGUAGGGCAGGUGUUGG